UUCUACUCUUUGUGUGGGGUGGAUUAGCGGAUAGAGACCGAGCCCAGAGCAUCAAUUCUACUCCACCGAACCAACGCUAUUUCAUACUGUUUCGCCCCGCUUUGCACUGGCCGUCCGUUAGUUUAAGUGCGGACAUGCAAUUAGCAGAUUGGACUGUUUUGUGAGUGAACCUGUGUCGCAAUGACCACCCACGUGACCCUGGAGGAUGCGCUGUCCAAUGUGGACCUGCUGGAGGAGCUUCCCCUCCCAGACCAGCAGCCAUGCAUCGAACCCCCACCAUCCUCCAUCAUGUACCAGGCAAACUUUGACACCAACUUCGAAGACAGAAAUGCGUUUGUCACUGGUAUUGCCCGCUACAUUGAACAGGCCACUGUGCACUCCAGCAUGAAUGAAAUGCUGGAGGAGGGGCAUGAGUAUGCUGUCAUGCUGUACACCUGGAGGAGCUGCUCCAGAGCCAUUCCUCAGGUGAAGUGCAACGAGCAGCCAAACCGUGUGGAGAUCUACGAGAAGACCGUGGAGGUGCUGGAACCUGAGGUCACCAAGCUCAUGAAAUUCAUGUACUUCCAGCGCAAGGCCAUCGAACGUUUCUGCAGCGAGGUAAAGCGACUGUGUCAUGCUGAACGCAGGAAGGACUUUGUGUCCGAGGCCUACCUCCUCACUUUAGGAAAGUUUAUCAACAUGUUUGCCGUGCUGGACGAACUGAAGAACAUGAAGUGCAGUGUAAAAAAUGACCACUCUGCUUACAAGAGAGCGGCUCAAUUCCUGAGAAAGAUGGCUGACCCACAGUCCAUCCAAGAGUCCCAAAACCUCUCGAUGUUUUUAGCCAAUCACAACAGAAUUACACAGUGUCUGCACCAGCAGCUGGAGGUGAUCCCAGGUUAUGAGGAGCUGCUGGCUGAUAUUGUCAACAUCUCUGUGGAUUACUACGAGAACAAGAUGUACCUGACCCCCAGUGAGAAACACAUGCUGCUAAAGGUCAUGGGUUUCGGUCUAUACUUGAUGGAUGGAAAUGUCAGCAACAUCUACAAACUGGAUGCAAAGAAAAGGAUAAACCUUAGCAAAAUCGACAAGUUCUUUAAGCUUCAGGUCGUGCCCCUCUUUGGAGACAUGCAGAUCGAGCUGUCACGAUACAUAGAAACAAGUGCCCACUAUGAAGAGAACAAGUCCAAGUGGACCUGCACUCAGAGCAGCAUCAGUCCGCAGUAUAACCUUUGCGAGCAGAUGGUACAGAUCAGAGACGACCACAUCCGCUUCAUCUCAGAGCUGGCGCGCUACAGUAACAGUGAGGUGGUGACUGGAUCAGGGCUGGACAGUCAGAAGUCUGAUGAGGAAUACAAGGAGCUUUUUGACCUGGCACUCAGAGGACUGCAGCUUCUGUCCAAGUGGAGCACUCAUGUCAUGGAAGUGUACUCUUGGAAACUAGUCCACCCGACUGAUAAGUUCUGCAACAAGGACUGUCCUGGCACAGCCGAGGAGUAUGAACGCGCCACACGCUACAACUACACCAGCGAGGAGAAGUUCGCCUUGGUGGAGGUCAUCGCUAUGAUCAAGGGUCUCCAGGUGCUGAUGGGACGGAUGGAGAGCGUGUUCAACCAGGCCAUCAGGCACACAAUCUACUCUGCCCUGCAGGACUUUGCACAAGUGACCCUGAGAGAGCCACUCAGACAGGCAGUGCGCAAGAAAAAGAACGUCCUCAUUAGUGUACUUCAGGCAAUUCGUAAAACCAUCUGUGAUUGGGAAGGGGGAAGAGAACCUCCUAAUGACCCCUGUCUGAGGGGAGAGAAGGACCCCAAAGGAGGAUUUGACAUCAAAGUUCCUCGUCGCACGGUUGGCCCCUCAAGCACACAGCUUUACAUGGUGCGCACCAUGCUGGAGUCUCUCAUCGCCGAUAAAAGUGGCUCUAAGAAGACUCUUCGCAGCAGUCUGGAUGGCCCCAUCGUUCAGGCCAUAGAGGACUUCCACAAGCAGUCUUUCUUCUUCACCCAUCUCCUGAACUUUAGUGAGGCCCUGCAGCAGUGCUGUGAUCUGUCCCAACUGUGGUUCCGAGAGUUCUUUCUGGAGCUCACCAUGGGCCGUCGCAUCCAGUUCCCAAUUGAGAUGUCCAUGCCCUGGAUCCUCACCGACCACAUUCUGGAGACCAAAGAGCCCUCCAUGAUGGAAUAUGUGCUGUAUCCGUUGGACCUUUAUAAUGAUAGUGGUUAUUAUGCCCUCACCAAAUUCAAGAAGCAGUUCCUCUAUGAUGAGAUAGAGGCCGAGGUCAACCUGUGUUUCGAUCAGUUUGUGUACAAGUUAGCUGACCAGAUAUUUGCCUACUACAAAGCAAUGGCUGGAAGUGUCCUCCUAGACAAACGCUUCCGUGCGGAGUGUAAGAACUAUGGUGUGAUCAUUCCAUACCCGCCUUCAAACCGCUACGAAACGCUGCUCAAACAGAGACAUGUUCAGCUGCUGGGUCGCUCCAUUGACCUGAACAGAUUGAUAACCCAGAGGAUCUCAGCAGCCAUGUACAAAUCCCUGGAUCAGGCCAUCAGCCGCUUUGAGAGCGAGGACCUCACCUCCAUAGUGGAGCUUGAAUGGCUGAUGGAAAUCAACAGGUUGACUCAUCGCCUGCUCUCGAAGCACAUGACCCUGGACAGUUUUGACGCCAUGUUCCGUGAGGCCAAUCACAACGUAUCUGCUCCAUACGGCCGCAUCACACUGCAUGUCUUCUGGGAACUCAACUUUGACUUCUUACCAAACUAUUGUUACAAUGGCUCCACCAACAGGUUUGUGCGGACUGCCAUUCCCUUUACCCAGGAGCCUCAGAGGGACAAACCUGCCAAUGUCCAGCCUUACUACUUAUAUGGCUCCAAGCCUCUGAACAUUGCUUACUCCCACAUCUACAGUUCCUACAGGAACUUUGUGGGUCCUCCACAUUUCAAAACAAUCUGCCGUCUUCUUGGUUACCAGGGCAUUGCUGUGGUGAUGGAGGAGCUGCUCAAGAUUGUCAAGAGCUUGUUGCAAGGCACCAUCCUGCAGUAUGUGAAAACCCUCAUAGAGGUGAUGCCCAAGAUCUGCCGUCUCCCUCGUCAUGAGUACGGAUCACCAGGCAUCUUGGAGUUCUUCCACCAUCAGCUGAAAGACAUCAUUGAGUAUGCUGAGCUCAAGACAGAUGUGUUUCAGAGUCUGAGGGAGGUGGGCAAUGCCAUCCUCUUUUGUCUGCUCAUCGAGCAAGCUCUGUCACAGGAAGAAGUUUGUGACUUACUUCAUGCAGCACCAUUCCAGAACAUCCUCCCAAGAGUCUACAUAAAAGAGGGUGAGCGACUUGAGGUGAGGAUGAAGAGGCUGGAGGCAAAGUAUGCUCCUCUUCACCUGGUGCCCCUCAUUGAGAGACUUGGGACCCCACAGCAAAUUGCAAUAGCUCGAGAGGGAGACCUGCUGACGAAGGAGCGUCUGUGCUGUGGUCUGUCCAUGUUUGAAGUCAUCCUGACGCGCAUUCGCAGCUUCCUUCAGGACAGCGUGUGGCGAGGCCCUCCCCCCACCAAUGGCGUCAUGCAUGUGGACGAGUGCAUGGAGUUCCACCGCCUCUGGAGCGCCAUGCAGUUUGUGUACUGCAUCCCUGUGGGCACGCACGAGUUCACUGCAGAGCAGUGCUUCGGUGAUGGUCUGAACUGGGCUGGAUGUGCCAUUAUUGUGCUAUUAGGACAACAACGUCGCUUUGACCUCUUCGAUUUCUGCUACCACUUGCUGAAGGUCCAGAGGCAGGACGGCAAAGAUGAGAUCAUUAAGAAUGUGCCCCUGAAAAAGAUGGCAGACCGCAUCAGAAAGUAUCAGAUUCUCAACAACGAGAUCUUCGCCAUCCUCAACAAGUACAUGAAGGCUGUGGAGACAGACAGUUCUACUGUGGAGCAUGUUCGCUGUUUCCAGCCUCCUAUACAUCAGUCUCUGGCCACCACAUGUUAAACCAACUUUAUUUGACUUCCAGUGAUCCUAUUCUUCCUCUGGUGUGACAUUGGUCUCAUAUGUAGUGUACAGGGCCUUAGAGCUUUCAGGACUGUCUCGGCUUUAUUUAAAUAAGAGACGAACCUCCAGUCUCGCCACAUGGUUAAAAAUCACAGUAGAUUUCUCAGUCUGCCCCAGCUGUUAUCUAACCCUUAUGAAUAUCAACACUCACUAUCCGUUUCACAUUUGAAGUGAACCAGUUUGAGAGAUUAAGGACUGCCGAAAUUAUUUCCAGGUCACCAGAGGAAGUUCUAACAAAUGUUAAGUUCUAGUAAAAAAAAAAA